AUGUUUAACUUUGAGGUUGAAAUUUUUGCAAGAGAAAUCAUCAAACCAUCUUCACCACAAAUCCAUGGCAUGAAACCUUUCAAACUCAACUUCUUUGAUCAACUCACCCCUUCAAUUUACGGCACAGGUAUUUUGUUCUACUCCAUCAGUGAAACCAGUUUCACUCCCACCAUCAUCUUGCCUCAGCUAAAGACCUCACUUUCAGAAACCCUGAAUCUCUUUUAUCCAUUGUCUGGUCGGAUCAAAGACAACAUGUUCGUCGACAGUUUCGAUGAGGGCGUUCCUUUUCUAUCGGCUCAAGCCGGUUGUCGGUUGUCCGAGUUCCUCAAGCUCCACGAGGUUAAGUCAUUAAACAAAUUGCUUCCAUGCCAUCCUUUCUCCAAGGAAUUUAAAAGUGAGGUUGCCCCCCUUGUGUGCCAAGCCACUAUUUUCGCUUGUGGCGGGAUAGCCAUAGGACUCGCAGUUUCUCAUAAGCUCGUUGAUGGGCAAACAUAUAUUAAUUUUAACAAUCUUUGGAGUACAAUCUCUCGAGGAUCUCAGUACCAUAAUGUUGGAUUUCAUGGUUUAGCUGAGGCAUCCAAGGUGUUUCCUCCACAAAAUGAAGUCCCAAAAAAUUACUUGUCAACGAUGGAAAACUUGUGGUUCCUGGAAUAUAAUAAUUACAUUACAAAGAGAUUCACGUUCGACGCCAAAUCCUUAAAUGAACUGAGGGCCAUUGCUAAAGGGGAACUUGAGAUUUCACCGUCUCGGGUUCAAGCUUUAUCAGGUUUUAUCUGGAAACGUUUUAUGGCAGCGUCUUGGACGAUCUCGGCUUCAUCGAAACCAUCUAUAGCAGUUCAAGCUGUGAACCUUAGACCAAGAAUGAACCCUCCUAUGUUACAUAAUUCGAUUGGAAACCUGUUCUGGUGGGCAAGUUGCGCUGCAGAUAUAGCCGACGAGACCAGCACUGAGCUAUUCGAGUUGGUCAAGUUGAUGCGAGAAUCGGUGGAAGGUUUCGACGAAGAAUACUUGAAUUCAUUACAAGGGGAGCAAGGGUUUGAAGCCUUGGGGGACUUCAUUAACCAGUUGGAAACCAUGUUUUCCUAUGAAAAACCAGACAUGUUGGCCUUCACAAGCUGGUUUGAUCUCAUGCUUUACGAGCUUGAUUUCGGAUGGGGAAAGCCGCAAUGGGUUGCUCCAUUUGGGGAAGUGGGGUCUGAUUUCAGGAACCUCGUUGUUUUUGUCCGAACAAAGUGUGGGAAAGACGUUGAAGCUUGGAUAACAUUGGAUGAAAAAAGGAUGCUUUUGUUGGAGAAAGAUGCUGAAUUCCUCAAGUUCACAUCUCCAACUCCCAAAAUCUCAAGUCUUUGA